AAUCGUUCCAUGGAAUGAAUCGCCUCUGGAUUCAUCCCCACGCUGUCUUCUUCUCUUCGCUGCUGUCCAUAAUAAAAGAUGACGAUCCUCCCGUGGCCUCCUCCGUCGCCCGUAGAGUGGUCUCUCGCCUAUCCCAAGCCCAACCAUGCAGAACACCUCCAGAUCCUCGCCCCGUCAGCCCUCGUCGCUGGCAUGCGUCCCCUGCCGGCGACGACACCUGAAAUGUGACUCGCUCAUGCCCGUUUGUAGUCGCUGUCAGACCUCGGAUCUCGAGUGUCGCUAUGUGCGCUCCCGUCGGGGGAUGCGCAGCAAACCGGACAACCCGCCGUCGCCCUUAUUCAACCACGACGUGCCUUUGUUUGACGCGGAUGCCUUUUCCAAUUGGCUCAAUAACACCACCCUCCCCCCAGACCUGGAUGCAGGCGAAGCGCUGUUCCAGUCGCUCGGCACGCCUCAAACCUUCGACAUGCCGAGUUUGACCGACGAUGCAAUCAGUUGGCCGGAGCCAGAGCAACUGUCCACCCCGGGAGUAGCCUAUGAUCCCAUGAUCCAGCUAUAUUACCAAAAUUUUCACCGGUCGCACCCCCUCCUGGUCCCAAGAAAGGCGCUGGCGUCCCACCUGUGUGACCGCAUUCCUGCCUAUCUUUUGUCCAUCAUGCGCUACAUCGGCGCCCACUUCUACCCUGACCCAGCUUUUAAGGAAGAGUUCCGAGGGUCGGCCUAUGCGAUCUUUGCGGAUUCCACCGUGCGAGAUGGAUUCAAAGUUCAAGGUAUGCUGUUGCUCGCGAUUGUCGAGCAUGCACACGGUCAGGACGAGAGUGCCCAUCGAACGAUGCAGGCCGCCAUCGAUCUGGCCUUGGAUCUAGGCAUGCAUCGCUCCAGCUUUGCCCUCGAGAACUCGAAAGGAGACUUCAUGAUGGAGGAGAGCUGGUGCAGGACGUUCUGGGAACUCUACGUCGUCGACGGACUAUUAGCCACCAUGAGAGACCAAAGUUCAUUUCGGCUAUGUCGCCAACGAACAGAUGUCCGAUUGCCUUGUGCGGAAGAUGCUUAUACCUCCGGGAUCGCCCCAAUGUCGAUACGACAGACUCUGAACGAUCUCGAACGCAGCUGGUCCUUCGGACAGGGCCACUGCCCAUCAUCGUUUGCAUAUCGCAUCCAUGCCGUCCAAACCCUGGGAAAGGUCAUGGAAGUGAACCGGUCGCUCGAUAUGGAUAUGGAGGCACGCAUCGAGACCGUCGAUGCCAGCCUUGCAUCUUCCUUAAUGCGAUUACCUUCGUCCCAGGGGUCGGGAUACGACAGCUCUGACUUUGACGAACUGCUAUUCCAGGCUGAGAUGAUCACCUAUAUUGGACUGAUAUACCUCCAUCAUCCGCGCUCCAGCAUGCGCUUCGCCUCCUUCAACGGCCGAACCUCAUGCGCUCGGCUACGAGCCGCUCGCGAGACCAAUUCCGGCUCCGCAGAUCUAGACCCUCACUCUCAGAAGUUUCUGCGAGCAGCAGACCACCUAUCUAACCUAGCCACGCUGCCCAAUCCCAUCCAAAGCCGAACCCCCUUCUUCACAUGCGCUCUAGCCAUCUGCAUCGUUGUCCACACGGCCGCCUCCCUGGUGGUUCCAUCUGCCGGGAAGGUGGAGUCUCUCAAGGCGCGCAUCCAGCUGGGAUUCGGCGGGCUGAAUGUGCUCGGGAAGGUGUGGCCCCUGGCCAAGACGGUGAGGCAGCAGAUGGUGGAUAUGUAUCAGGAAGUGGGGCUGCGUUGAGGGACGAUGUCUUGAUGAUUCGUUCUCUCUAUCUCUCUCUCUUGCCCUGGUGGAAUGCUAGCGAGUCGGGUUAGCAUGGAGCCGGGUAAUUACUUUCAUU